AAAUCUUAUAUAUCCCUGUCGAGACUGGAAACUGGAUCACACCACCCUUUCAUUGUUGACUUCAAUCUAUAUAUUAAUAAUAGUCGACUUAUCCUAAGCAAGCAUCUCGUCCACUGACGAAACGGCGUCGAGUGUCCGCAUCUGACGACACAGCGACGCGAAAACCUGGUAGAGGCGGCUGCGGGGCCGCCCACACAAGAAGCCGAAAAUGAAUCCGCAACAAUGACAGCAAAACAGAUAAACAACAUCACAGGCUUCACAGCCCCUCGAACCCUUUCCCAAUCUCCUCUGUCAAACUCAGGCCCCCCUUUGCCCCUCCAAGCACGAACAAGGAUGGCGGCUUGUCUCAAAUGCCACACGGAGAUGACCAUCCAACAUGAUUCGUGUAAUCCUCCUUUCAUUUCCACCUCGGAUUCUUCCUCACAUCGCCAAUUAUUAUUCAUCGCAUCUCCUUUUCAUCAAUCACCCUGCAUUUUUUGUGUUCUGAUUACUCCGUCCUACUAUCGAUCUUCAUUUCUCAACCCCUUUCCUCAUCGACGACAAGAAAGGGGGGCCAGGGCGCAGAGUUGCAGAGGCGCCCCUCCUUCAGCGUUCCCCUCCAACCUCCCACUUUACGGGUCUGGCGGAUUGACCAGAAGUUCUGGGAAUCGUGAAGAAUUAAGGGGCUCCAACAACAAAAGUACCGACGAUAUGAUCCCUCAAAUUUCGCUCUCACGAGCUCCCGCCUUUCCUGAGCCCAAGGCACAUCGCGAUGGAUGAAUUUUUGAAAGCGUAGACACCCAAUUCUCGGUCAGCCGAAUAAACCAUACAGUACCUGAGUGCACCGUACUCGACCGUAUCUGCAGAUUGUGCGUCCUUGAGACUAUUAUUGUGACGCCACCCUUGCAAUGCGCUUGACGGGGGAUGCCGUCUGGUG